AUGAGUUCAAAGAUUGAUAGCGAUGGCUAUGAAGAAAGCGAUUCAAGCACAAAUGAAGUGGAACAAAAAGAUGACGACUACAUGUUUUCGGAUUCGGAGUUGAUGCAGGCUCUUGAAGGAUAUAGAGGUAAACGGCAUUCUACCGAAACAGCGGACAGUGUUUCUUCAAAACGUGCUAAGUUCUCAUUGAAUGAAGGUUUAUUGACUUUAUCUGAUGAAGAUAACGACAACGAAAACUAUUCGCCGACACUUGAUGAAAAGCAACCCUUGGAAACAGACGACGUUCCUCUUACUACAACUGAAAUACCAGGACGGGCUAACAUAUUGAGGAAUGAAAACUCUGUGGAGCCAUCUCAUUCAAUCACAGUAAACGUUGAGGAUCGAAGCUCUCCCUUGAUUUUUCACGAAUUGCAAACCUUGACGACAGACGAUGCUCAAAUCACUAAUGAUGCUCAAAUCACGAACGAUGCUCAAAUCACGAACGAUGCCCAAAUCACGAAUGAUGCCCAAAUCACGAAUGAUGCUCAAAUCGCAAAUGAUAACAUUUCAAUCGAGUUAUCUCCAAGGGCAGAUAUUAUUGAUGAUGAAGAUUAUCAGUCGGAUGCAGAAAAUUCAGACUCUGCAACUUCGGUUGAAAGAUCGUUCGAAGAUAUUGGCCAACUUGCAAGGUCUGCUAGGUUUGCUGGGAUUGCUAAAUUUGCUACAUUUGCUAAAUUUGCUAAAUUUGCUAAAUUUGCUAAAUUUGCUAAAUUUGCUAAAUUUGCUAAAUUUGCUAAAUUUGCUAAAUUUGCUAAAUUUGCUAAAUUUGCUAAAUUUGCUAAAUUUGCUAAAUUUGCUAAAUUUGCUAAAUUUGCUAAAUUUGCUAAAUGUGCUAAAAUUUGCUAA